AUGGUGCUUCGAGAGGACGCUGUCCCCGUAGUACAGCCAACCCGGCGCGUGCCUUACGCACUCAGAAAGCCACUCAAGAAAGAGCUCGACCGGAUGUGUGCCGCGAACAUCAUUGAAAAAGUGGAAGAGCCGUCGGACUGGUAUGUUCCAGGCAGCAAAUUAGUUGUUGCUGACACCUUGUCAAGAAUCCCAGCCCAGGAACACCCAGGCAAGGGCACAACAGAUGUUGAAGUUCAUGCUGUUGGCGUCCUUACUUCAAGUGUGGGUCCAGCCAGUCUCUCCCGUCUGCAGGCAGCAACGGCCAGUGAUGAAACGCUGCAAGAUGUCAUUUCGAGAUUGCAGUCGUCAAUCCCACGUACUAUUUCAAGUCCGCAUUUUCCCAGAUCCAAUGGACUCGCCGAGAAGGGCGUUCAAGUGGUCAAGCGGAUUCUGGACAAGACGGAGAGGAGUAAAGAGGAUUUCUAUUUGGGCCUUCUGAACUACAGGGUGUGUCCUCUUGAGGAUGGCCGGUCGCCAGCAGAGCUGCUGAUGGGACGAAGUCUCAGAACGCUGCUUCCAGAUUUCUCAGUGUCACCCCCAAGAGCUGAACAACAGAAACCUUCCCUGAAGAAAGGUCGGAACACAUGUGUACCGGCACUGCUACCACCGGACUUGGAGGCGCCCGGCGCCUGA